GCUUAUGUAACCAUUUUGUGAACUAACUUCAAAUUUUUUUUAAGUUCCUUAGGUAGCUUCAAGGUGGUGUGAAAAAUUUAGAACCCAGAACUAUUUUUGAAGUACAUCUCCUACAGGCAAUUAUCAUGGGACGUUCGCUGAUGGCAAGCUGUUAACUGAAGUGGUGAAGUGAAAAUUGAUACAAAUCAGUGAGAAUUAUCGAAAGUACAAAUAGUUUUAUCGAAAUUUGGAUUAAUUGAUGUGAUUUAGUGUUGCAAAAUGAUAGUUGAACAACCCGAAGCUUUCAAAAACUGGCUAACCGCCGUACUAAAACCAAUGUGUGAUGCAGAUCCAGCUGCACUAGCUAAAUACGUAAUUGCUCUGAUAAAAAAAGAUAAAGAAGAUGAUGAACUCCGAAAAAGUAUGGUAGGACAAUUGGAAGUAUUCUUAGAGGAUGAAACUGAAACCUUUGUGAAUCUCGUGUUUCAAACUCUUCAAUCCCAAGAAUACAUAACAACCCCAGUGAUCCCAAACGCCAACCCGCCUAAUCCAAACAUUGUGAAAAAAGACAAAGAAAGUGUUAAAGAAAAAGUGAUAGUGCAACCUAGUGAACUCCCAAAUUUGAACGAACAAAUAAAUGGUUCUAAGAAAGAAGCUGAAAUCAAAAGGGACAGGGACAUCAGGGAAAGCAGAAAAACUGACGUUGUGGACAACAAGGAGAAGGACGAUAAAGCGAGGGGCCCCCGUCGCCGCGAUCGAUCUACCUCCAGAGAUCGAUUACGGUCCAGAUCCCGAUCCUGGGAUAGAUCGAAACGGUCCAGGAGCCGCGACAAGUCACGAGAUCGUUUAUCACCUUCUCACAGGGGCGGAGGAACGGACAGGGAGAAGAGGGACAGGCUGCCCCGCGUGUGGAGGAACAAAUCGCCCCCAAUGAGAUCUUCACGGUACGAGAGGAGGAGGUCAAGGACACCACCCUCUCCGAACAGAAGUCCCCGAUAUCAGCACCGGGGUGGGAGAUAUAGGAAUAGAUCCUUAGACAGGAGUAGGAGCAGAAGCCGUUCGCGAUCCGUUGAAAAACCCAGGAGGGACUCUGCCAAAGAAAAGGACAGGGAACAUUCCAGACCCGGAACCCCCACCCAGGAUUCGAACCACGGUGAGCCCGACCUGAGACUGAACACUUCAACACAGAGCGUUCAAAGUUGCGUUGUGCUCUCGACCAAAAGGAAAUGUCGCGAUUUUGAUGAGAAAGGGUUGUGUAUGAGGGGAGAAAUGUGUCCGUUUGACCAUGGGGUGGACCCAGUUGUCCUAGAAGAUGCGGCCCUUUCGACAGUGCUGAAUUACAAUCCAAACGGCGCCGCGCCAGAAAUACCGACCAAUAUACCGCCGCCCAUCCUGACGAACCCUGGACACCCAAUGAUGGGUCCCAGGGGUGUUAUACCAUCAGAGUAUAAUCCACAGGCGCCGUUCCUAAGGGGCUUCAGAGGUCCGCGACCUCUAGGACCGACUAGGUUACCUACGAUGGGCAUGUUCCCUCCCCAGCCAAACAUCAAUCGCGAGCUCAUCUCAGUCCCCGUCAUGGACAACAAACAGAACGUCUACACCCCCGGCUAUCCGCCCCAAAGUAACUUCAUACCAUUGGAGAACCACGACCCCUUCUAUCAUCAGAAGAAGAACAAGUUCGACUUCAAUCGUCUGGGAGCCAGGGCGCCCAGGAACAUGGUGAACUGUUCCUUGGAACUGAAGAAGAUACCCGCCGGCCUGAACAGCAUAACGCACCUGAACAAUCACUUCUCCAAGUUCGGCAAGAUCACCAACAUCCAGGUGAACUACGAGGGCGACACAGAGGCCGCCAUAGUCACGUUUUCUAGUCAUGCAGAGGCCAGCGCGGCUUACAGGAGCACGGAGGCGGUCCUCAACAACCGUUUCAUCAAGGUGUUUUGGCACAAUGCCAACAAUGACGGUAAACAGGAAAAUGUCCCUCCUAGACCGGUGAAAGAGCGUUUGGGCGUAAAUCAAGUUUUACCGUCAAAUACUAAUAAAGUCCUAAAUUUAGUACAACCGAAAGCCGAAGAACCGGGACUGAUACCGCCAGGUAGCGAGACCGCGGACGUCAAGAAUAACCUACCGGAGAACACUCAGAUAAACAAAGAAGAAGCCAAAGCGCAGGCUGCCGCCAACAUCAAGAAGAGUCAGGAAUUGUUGGCCGCCAAAGAGAAACUGAAAAAGAACCAAGACGACAAGAGGAAGGAAGUCAUGAAGAUCAACCAGGAUCUGAGGAAGAGGAAGCAGGAACUUUUGGAGAAACAGCUGAGUCAGCAGAAGAUCCUCAUCGAAAAAAUGGAAAAACUGCCCGCUGGUCCCCAGAGAGACUUAAUCAAAGAAACCAUCAAGAAAACCCAAGAGUCCAUCGAGGAAAUCAGAAAGGACAUCGCACAGUCGAUCUCCAUCAAGAUGGCGGCGCCACAGAAGAAAACCAAAGAGGAUGCGCAGAAGGAGAUCCUGGACAUCGAGCUGGAUCUGAUAACCAAACAGCAGGAAGGCGCAGACGUCACCGAGAUCCAGAAGAAAUAUUACGAGCUCAAGGCCAAAACGGCGAUGAUGAGGAGGGGCAGAGGAGGCAGGAGGUACAACCCCAUGCAGAGACAUCUCCUGAGUAAAAACAACCUCAUCGAUAACGCAGUGAAAUCCGCGACGAAGAUAGAUAGAACCAAUUCGGGCACCAAUCUACAUUCGAUGUUUCCCAAAACGACACUGCAUUCGAUCGAUCACAGACCCAUCAGAAUAUUAGUAUCAGGCUAUGAAAACGAAGAGCAGGACAACGUGAUCGCUCACUUCCAGCAAUACGGUGAAAUAGCAGAGUACAUAACCGACCCUACUUUACCCAGUGUUACGUUCAACUUCAAAAACAGAAAGGACGCUGAAGCUGCUCUACUGAAAGGAAAACAUUUCCAGGACCGAACUCUGUCGAUAACGUGGUGCAGUAACGUGCAGCAUAACAACACGAUGAACAACAACCUUGCAAGAAAAGUUGUUAUGUCGGAAACUGAAGAGGAACAGCUUAUCGAUCAAAGUAUUUUAGAGGGUGACGAAGAAGCUAACGGGACUGAACAGGAUCUACCAGAGGAGGUCCUCCUUCAGGACGACGACGAAGACGAUGAUGAGGAUCGCUCGUGGAGACGAUAGCGGGCAGGGCCACAUCGACAGCUUGGACACCGUUCGGUUUAUCAACUGAAGCACAUGCCAUAUUUCGCUGGGCUGUCACUGUAAAAUAGAUACGUCCUUUAUUUUCACACGGAACAUAUUUUAAAGUGUAUUUAUAACUUUAUUGAGUAGUAUUCAGUUAGUUUUUGAAUUUGAAAUUUAUAUAUAUUGCUUGUUGAGAUGUUCUGACUUUGGUUUUUCAGCUCGAUGACUUUCUCUUGUGAACUGAUAGUCUGUUUCGAUUUGGGACGAAUUUCGAUGGUUCCAAUUGGAUUUAUCCUUGUUUUAAUGAUAGAAUUGGUCUCUUCGGUGUAGAAGUUAUUGAAUUUUUUCGUUUUGUGAUUCAUCGAAACAGAUAUUCAGGAAGAGUUUUUGUAUAAUAUAAUGUUAUGGUAAGAAAAAAAAAAGAAUUGAAUGCCCAAAAAAUAUUUGUAUAAAGAUUUCUCAAAAAAAAAAUAUUUCUCUGAAAGAGGAAAAAAACA